UGCGUCAGCGGAAUGCGAAGAGAAAGUGAGAUAUUUUCACGAGGAACUAGUGUCUCUUUGAUUGAAAUCAAAUUUCGACCUUAGUUAUGGUCAAGGAGACAACACUUUACGAGACUCUUGGCGUAGAUCCGUCCGCCACCCCGAGUGAAAUUAAGAAAUCUUAUCGUAAACUCGCCUUGAAGUAUCAUCCGGAUAAAAAUCCAGAUGCCGGUGACAAGUUUAAGCAGAUUUCCCAUGCCUAUGAAGUCUUGUCUGAUGAAAAGAAAAGGAAGAUUUAUGACGAAGGAGGAGAAGAAGCUCUAAAUGGUGGCUCAGAAAUGGGUGGAUUCCAUUCUCCAAUGGAUAUUUUCGACAUGUUCUUUGGCACUGGGCAUGGGCGUAACAGACCGCAUCAUGGUGAGCGCAGAGGAAAGGACAUGGUACACCAGCUCAAGGUGUCCUUGGAGGACAUGUACAAUGGUACUACAAAACAGCUUGCUUUGCAGAAAAAUGUCAUCUGUAGCAAGUGUGAGGGACGAGGAGGAAAGAAGGGUUCAGUUGGAAGUUGUAAUACUUGUCAUGGCAGUGGGACAUACGUCAGGAUUAAUCAUAUUGCGCCCGGGAUGGUUCAGCAAAUUCAGACGCAAUGCAGGGAUUGUGGAGGGUCGGGAGAGAGAAUAGCAGGUAAUUUCCUAUUUCCGAAUUACCCUUGGCCUCAUUUUCAAAACGAGUCCUGGUGCUCAUCCUUUCAUAUGAUUAUAUAUUGGAAAGGUGUUACUGCGGUACUAAAUCUCUCUAUUGUCAUAAUUUCAGGUGAAGUGAAAUGUGUUCGAGAUGAAGGAAUGCCAAAAUACAGGAGCCCAUACGAGAAAGGAUUUCUAAUCAUAACAUUUUCGGUAAAGUUUCCUCCAGAUGGAUUCCUUACCACAGGUGAUAUCCCUAAACUAGAGCAGCUGCUGCCUCCCCGACACGAAAUGAUCGUUCCCGAGGAUGCAGAAGAAGUCAACCUCGUUAAAAUCGAUCCUCAGGAACAAGCAAGGAGUCGUAUGCGCCAUGGGGGCUUUCAUGACGAUGAAGAUGGCUAUGGCGCACCCAGAGGAGGGGUUCAGUGUCAGUCACAGUAAAUAAUAACUCAGAAUUGUUCACCAGUACACGCUUGAAUAUAAAAUAGCUUCAGUAUAAUAUUCUUCUGAUUAAAAAAAGAAAACAUUGAAAAAAUUCUUUUUACCUCUUGCUUUUAACUGCAUGUAGGAACGUAGUAUAACAAGCGCUGUGUCUCGAUGGUGACUGACCCGGACUUAAAAGUGAUACCUUUAAUUAUUUUAAUACUCACUUUUUCAUGCAUUACAUCCUCUGCUUCGAUUUUGUCCCUUUUUCUUUUUGCCCCACAACAUUUUGUGUGUUUCGCAUAGUAAUCAUUUCCAUCUUUGAAUAUUGAUAGAUGUCUUUUCCAACAGCUUCAAAAUGGCUUACUCUGCACACCUCCACCUUCAUUUGUUCUAUCUUAGUCAGGCUUACAGCUGUGGGGCUAGAACGCGAGAGACACGUUUGAGAGAAUAAACACGCUCGAGAGAGGAAUCUGACCCCUAUCUAUGUGCCAUCUAGUUUUAGAGAGAACUCAGGCUCGCGCGCGCAUAGACCGCGUGUAGGUGCAAAUCACUCGCGACCGCUUUUAGUGAGUCGCCGACGACACCAGUUUUAAAUCUUGUGGUCCAUUCCACACCUUUUGCGUUUAGGAAGAGCAUUAUACCUUCGAUAUGUGGAAUUUUCCUUUACUUUUGUACCUAUAUUAUAGAUUACGCAUUAAAAUUUAAAUUAGAAUUGCGAGUUGAAAACGAGGCUAAGUGAUUUUGUUACGCAUCUACGUAUACAUAACAA